GUUACUGUCUCUGAUCUCUAUAUCGUUCUUUCUUUUUUCUCGGAAUCGUUCGAUUUUCAUAGAAACAGAGGCCAAAAGCGAUAAUUGAAUACGUUCGGGUGCUUCGCAGGACUAACAUUUCUGAUGUGCACGCGCCCCGAUUGGAGUUGACUCCAUGCUCUGAUCCGCGAGAGUCAGAACGCGAUUGGGCGGUGCUGUUGAAUCCACGCACAUGGCGUCGGCGCCGAAUGUGGAUCUCUUCGAUGCGUAUUUCCGUCGGGCCGAUUUGGACCGCGAUGGUCGUAUCAGUGGCGCCGAAGCCGUCGGCUUCUUCCAAGGCUCCGGUUUGCACAAGCAGGUUCUUGCGCAGAUAUGGGCGAUUGCCAACCAGAGCCAGAGUGGUUUUCUUGGUCGGGCAGAAUUCUAUAAUGCCCUUAAACUUGUCACUGUGGCACAAAGUAAGCGAGACCUUACACCUGAAAUUGUGAAGGCAGCAUUAUAUGGCCCAGCUUCAGCUCAAAUACCUGCACCACAGAUCAAUCUUACUGCCACCCCUGCACCUCAGUUCAAUUCUUCUGUGGCUGCACCUACCCCUCAGGUUCGUGCUGUUACUCCAACGUCCUCACAAAAUCUUGGGUUCAGCGGACCAAAGGUACCUUCAAAUGCAGGUGUAAACCAGCAGCAUUUUCCUUCGCAAGCAAGUCAGUUGAUGAGGCCUCCACAAGCCAUAUCUGCUUCUGCUUCCCACACGACACAGGGUGCUAGCAUUCAAGGAUUACCUGGUGGAGGCACUGUGACUGGGCCUCGUCCUCAGAACAUGAGCAUCUCCAGUGAUUGGGUAGGUGGAAUGACAGGUGCAGCUUCACCAGGAACUUCCUCACAAGUACCAGUCAGUGGGAUAAGUCCCUCAACAGCUCGUGACGAAUUUGGGCUGGAAACAGCUGGAUCAACUGCUGCACUGCCACCUAAACCACAAGCAACAUCUGGAAUAAAGCCAUCAGGACCAGCUAAGGAUUCUAAACCAUUGAAUGUAUCUGGAAAUGGGUUUGCUUUUGACUCAAUUUUUGAAGGUGAUGUUUUUUCUGCUACCUCAUCUCAACCAAAGCAAGAUUCUUCUGCACAUACAAUUUCUCCAGGCAAUUUGCAGGCCUCAUCAACAAUUGUUCCAGUAUCUGCUGGGACUAAUCCUUCUGUUAGGCCAAGCGCACUUGAUUCUUUGCAGAGUUCACUUACAAGGCAACCUAGUGCUCAGCUUCAGCAGGCCCAGUCACUUGAGAAUCAGAACCACAAGGUCCCAGCUGGAAUACCACUUGGAGCUGAGAAUUCUGCUUCCAGUCAGUCCCAGCUGGUAUGGCCUAGGAUGACUCAGACUGAUUUUCAGAGGUACUCUAAAGUGUUUGUGGAAGUAGACAAAGACAGAGAUGGGAAAAUCACUGGUGAAGAAGCCCGGAAUUUAUUUCUGAGUUGGCGAUUGCCUAGAGAGGUCUUAAAGCAGGUGUGGGACUUAUCUGAUCAGGAUAAUGAUAGCAUGCUUUCUCUCAGGGAGUUCUGUACUGCUCUGUAUUUGAUGGAGCGGUAUAGAGAAGGACGUCCUCUUCCAGCAGUGCUCCCAAACAGCAUUGUGUUUGAUUUACCUUCCCCUGGCCAAACCAUGCCCGGAGCAUGGCGACCUACAUCUGGUUUUCAACAACCGCAAGGGAUUCCUUCGGGUGCUCGGCACAUAACAGCUGCUGGUGCAGCAAGGCCUCCAAGGCCAGUUGCUGUCCCUCAGACUGAAGGGUCACAGGCCAAUCAGCAGAAGUCAAAAGUACCAGUGUUGGAGCAAGACCUUGUAAAUCAGCUCAGUACAGAGGAGCAGAACUCGCUCAACUUAAAGUUCAAAGAAGCGACAGAGGCUGAUAAAAAGGUAGAAGAACUGGAGAAAGAAAUUUUAGAAUCUAGACAGAAAAUUGAGUUUUUCCGUGUUAAAAUGCAGGAACUUGUUCUAUACAAGAGCAGAUGUGACAAUCGCCUUAAUGAGAUUACAGAAAGAACAUCUUCUGAUAAACGUGAGGUCGAGUCCCUGGCCAAGAAAUAUGAAGAGAAAUACAAACAAUCUGGAGAUGUAGCCUCCAAGUUAACUAUUGAAGAAGCAACAUUUCGUGAUUUACAGGAGAAAAAAAUGGAGCUAUAUCAGGCAAUUGUCAAGAUGGAACAAGAUGGUACUGCUGAUGGUGUUCUUCAGGUUCGUGCUGAUCGUAUCCAAUCGGAUCUUGAUGAGCUGAUGAAAGCUGUAAACGAACGUUGUAAGAAGUAUGGAUUACGGACAAAACCAAUAACAUUGACUGAGCUUCCCUUUGGCUGGCAACCUGGCAUCCAGGAAGGUGCUGCUGACUGGGAUGAAGAUUGGGAUAAGUUUGAAGAUGAAGGCUUCACUUUUGUCAAGGAUCUUACUCUUGAUGUCCAAAACGUCAUAGCACCGCCAAAGGAGAAAUUUAAAUCAGUUAGGAAUGAGAAGGCCUCUACAGCGGAGAGUCCAACAGCUGCUUCUUCACCUUAUGUUGAUGCUAAGUCGGAAAAGCCUCAGAUUAUGGAUGAACAGGCUGUUGAAAAUGGAUCAGCAUAUAACAAAGGUGAAGAUGACUCGGCAAAAAGUGCUGCUAGUAGUCCAGCGAUGAGGAGUGCUAUUGAAAGUCCAAGAGAAUUUCCAGAUUCUAACUUUGACAAGGCUUUAGGUGCAGAUUCCUCACCCCGUGAUAAAGAUUAUCAAAGUGAUCAUGGUGGCACUGGGUCUCUGUUUUCUGGUGAUAAGAGUUUUGAUGAACCACCUUGGGGAACUUUUGACACUAAUGAUGAUGUUGACUCAGUGUGGGGCUUUAAUGCAAUUAGUACUUCCAAGGAAACCGAUCAAGAAAGAAAUGGAGAUAACUAUUUCUUUGGAUCUGGGGGCUUUGGUCUGAACCCUAUCAGAACGGGAGCGCCAAACUUUGGUCUAGACCCUAUCAGAACAGAGUCACCCCAGGCAGGUGGUUUUUUCCAGAAGAAGAGUGCAUUUAGUUUCGAUGAUUCCGUUCCUAGCACGCCACUCUUCAGUUCAAACAAUUCCCCACAUAAGUACGACGCGCCAGGGCCCUCUUUCGACAACUUCUCAAGAUUUGAUUCUUUCAGCACACAAGACUCUGGAUUUUUUGCCCCGAGGGAAACAAUAGCACGAUUUGAUUCCGUUCACAGCAGUAAAGACUUUGAUCAGGGUCAUGGAUUCCCAUCCUUUGAUGACUCGGAUCCUUUUGGAUCCGGGCCGUUUAGAACGUCGCUGGAGAGUCAAACUCCUAGAAGAACCUCUGAUAAUUGGAGUGCAUUCUAGCUUGGUGGUUCUGCACCCUUAUCUGUAUGUUUCUGCCUCAAAAUCUUCCUGAGCGCUGUUUUUUCCAUGAUAUGCUAUACUGGGAGUGGUUUGUCUUGGUAUAAAUUUAGUUUACAACCACCGAGUGUUUGUAAUGUAUUUUUUGUUUUUCUCCU